CGGGGCAGUAGUGGGGUAGGCUGGAUUGUGAUAGCGACAGAUGUCUAGAAAACUGUGAGGGGGCACUCCUCAGUUACAACACAGUCCCAGACUGCACCUCGGAGAGCAGGGGCGGAAUCUGCAGCUGUCACUCCAAAGGUUUACCUCCAUUAUCACAUCCAGCCGGAGCCUGGAAAAGAAGUAGAAGUGAUCACUCUCUCGACACACAGGAGAAACCAUGGGAGGCAAACUGAGCAAGAAGAGGAAGGGAUAUGAUGUGAGCGACCCCAAAGAGGCGAAAGAUGGGACUGCAGCGCCGGCUAAAGCGGAGGCUGGAACCCCACCUGCAGAGGCCGAGGUGACAGCUGAGGCAGGCAAUGUGGUAGAGGAAGCUGUGGGGUCAGCUGUGGCAGCAGUCACUGAAGCUGUCAAAGCUCCAGAAGAGCCCAAAUCUGCACCUCCAGAGGAACCAGCUCCAGUAGAGGAACAGGCUCCUGCAGCAGAGAAGGCAGCUCCAGUAGAGGAAGCACCUGUAACAGCAGAGAAGGCAGCUCCGGUAGAGGAAGCACCUGCGGCAGCAGAGAAGGCAGCUCCGGUAGAGGAACCACCUGCGGCAGCAGAGAAGGCAGCUCCAGUAGAGGAACCACCUGCAGCAGCAGAGAAGGCAGCUCCAGUAGAGGAACCACCUGCAGCAGCAGAGAAGGCAGCUCCAGUAGCAGAUGAACCAGCUGCAGCAGCAGAGAAGGCAGCUCCAGUAGCAGAUGAACCAGCUGCAGCAGUAGAGGAACCAGUCGUAGUAGCGGAGGAAUUAACUCCAGCAGCAGUGGAGUCAGCCCCAGUAGUAGAGGAACAAGCUCCAGUCGUAGAGGAACAAUCUCCAGUCAAGCUCCCAGAAGUUACAGCAGCAGCAGAGGAACCCUCUGCUCCAGCACCAGAAGAACCCACGCCUAGUGAAGUUGAACCUGAGCCUGCAGCUGAGCUUCCUGUAGAAGAACCUGCUGCAGCUGUAGUAUCUGUGCCAGAGCCAGAGGUUGCUGCCAGCCCAGAGGAAGCACCCAAGGACCCAGAGCCAGAGCCCAUCCCAGAGACUGUUACUGAGCCAGAAGCCACUGUGGAGGAGACAGUGGUCCAUGCUGCUGUCCCUGAACCAGAGCCAGCUGCAGAGCCAGUGCUGGAGCAAGCCCCAGAACCAGAGCAACCCCCCAAGCCAGAGCCAGCAGCAGAGCUUGAGGCAGAGCCAGAGCAACAACCAGAGCCAGAGUCAGUGGAAGCACCAGAGCAAGAACCUGUACAAGAGCAAGCACCAGAGCCAGAGCUUGAACAAUCACCAGAGCCAAAACCAGAGCAAGUACCUGAGUGUUUAAUAGAGACUGAUGGACCUGCAGCAGCAGAAGAAGAAGAAGAAGUUGAGCCAGAACCAAUUGUGGCCACAUCUGACGUUACUGAACUUGAGAAUGUGGAAGCAGAAGCACCUGAGAGUGCCACAGAGGAGGUCCCCGCUAAAGAUCAGCCUGUAGAAGAGGAAUCUAUUGCAACAGAGGCCUCCAGCACUGAGGCGGCACCUGAGCCAGAAGCAGCAGAACCUGUCCCUGAGAUUGUCAUCUCGGAGUCAGCCUCUGCCAACGAAGUCAGUGCUGAGUCUGAAGAGGUAGCUGAAGCCUCUGUGGAAGAGGUGCCUUGCCCAGAGCCUGAGGUAGAAAGCAAGAUGGAGAAUGGAGAUAUAGAGAGCUCUUCUGUUACAGAGGAUGUGGCAGAAGUAGAUGCACUUCCAGCUGUGAAUGGAGAGUGUGCAGAUUCUGCUGCCACAGAGACAGAGGAAUGUGUUAAUGGUGAUGAAAAGCCCGAGGAGACGCCUAUCAAGGAGCAGAGUGACUUUGAACUGAAAAAGGAGGUGAGCCUGAGCGGGGAUGUCCAGGAAGUUCCAGACGCAGUCUCCGACUUGGCAGACAGUCUCAGCACUGAGGUCACCCAGGCAGUCUGAAAAAGAAGCCAUCUUUCUAAUCAAUGUGAAUUCAUUUUAAUCCUCAGAUGGUACGAGAAAGCCAUCAAGGUAUCACAAACACAGCUAGGCUUUCUGGAAUGCUGUAACCACCGCAAUGUCUAUAGUGGUGACUCAGGCAAGAAGGAUGUUUUCUUUUGAGUAACCAAAAAUGAAAUGCAACCACUUGAGGAUAGAAAGAGACAGAGACAGACAGACAGAGAGAGACCGAGAGAGAUAGAGAGAGGAAGUGAGACGGAAGUGCAGAGAGCAGACGUGAGUUAGUUGGAGGGGGAGUUCAGGCAGACAGAAACUGCACAACAUAGCAAAAAUACCAGACAGCAAAUAUGAUAUCAAUGAACGGAGUUAAUAAAUCUGUCUUUGUGUGUGAGCCCGAUGAAUAUUACAAAGUGGUUUAUUGGAACAGCAUUCGUCAUUAGUAUAUUAUCUGAUUUAGAAUGUCAUAUAUCCUUUCUAUUACUAUAUGCAGAGACAUGACAUAAAUGUUUUGGCCUUUUAUAAUAAUGGUACCUGUGAGGACUGCUCAUUUUAAAUUGAUUGUUCGGAAUAGAGAAUAAAAAGAGAUUGUUAUAGCCUACA